UGAUGGCUGCCAGUCCCACCUAGCCUCCGUUUCGAGCGUGUAUUUGUUUGAACUGUGUUUUUCAGGGAGUUCUGCUCUGAUUCGACAGAGUUUCCCGUAGUUUGGAAUAGAUUUGUAGGAUGGGGUCGAGAGACCUCGCACCCCGGUUUGUAGUCAAACCGUCACUACGACAGGAGGACGAUGGUCAGAAGAUUGUCUUCAACUGUCAACUGGAGGCGCAGCCUAAGCCGGAGAUCACCUGGUUUCGGGGCACUACUAAAUUAGUCGAGGAUGAUCGUGUUAAGUGCAGUGUUAAACCAAAUGGCAACAAAUACGACAUAUCAUUGGAAAUAUCUGAUGUUUCGGAGGGAGACGGCGGCUCCUAUAAGGUCACUGCCAAAAACCGACUCGGCGACGCUUCGGCCAACGUCAAUGUCAAUUUUGGAAAACCCCAGCAACAAGCUCAAGGUCAAGCCCCAACAGUAGUUCAGAAACCAGUCAUCAAGCAGGAAGAUGGAGGCAAAACUCUGCUAUUCGAAUGCAGGAUCGCUGCAACACCGGAACCAACAUUCACAUGGUAUAGGGAAAAUACUUUACUUAAUGAAGGCGGUCGAGCUGUUUCCAAAGUCAUCCCGGAGGCGGACAAUACCUUCCUUGUGCAGCUGAAGAUAACGAGCGUGACUGCUCAGGAUGGCGGCAACUAUAAAGUCAAUGCCAAGAAUGCUCACGGAGAAAGCAAUGCAUCGAUUAAGCUCAAUUUUGACGGCAAACAUCUCUCCUGGUUCCUACAGGAUAGAGAGCCAGCAAAAGUGAAGGGCACGAGGCCCACGUUUCAAGGACAGCCAUCUAUAAAACAAGUGCGUGGGAGAAUUAUUUUUGAAGUAGUACUCAUUGCUGAUCCAAUGCCUGAGAUGACCUGGUUUUUAGAAGAUAAGUUGCUAAAAUCGGAUAGACGUCACAAGAUGCUGAGGACGUCUAAAGGAACGACGUACACUGCUACGAUGGAACUGAUGGAUUGCAAACCGGGCGAUGGCGGACUUUAUAAAUGUGUUGCAAAGAACGCCGUGGGGGAGGCGACCGCUAACCUGAACUUAAAUAUACCAGCCGCGGCCGCAAAACCCGCAGGAUCUGCUCCAACCUUCGAGAAACCCCAAAUCAGACAAGAAGCAAAUGGAAAGAACAUUAUCACCGAGGUCCGCUGUUCUGGCAGCCCAAAACCAACGUUCACCUGGUUCAAAGGGGCAGCUCCGCUGAAGACCACUUCAAGCCUUAAGACCAGUGAAAGGGUGGAGGGGGACGUGUAUAUUCUUAUUCUGGAAGUUAUUAACUUUGAUAAAUUCAAUGCUGGUACAUACAAACUCCAGGCUAAGAAUGAGAACGGAGAGGCAAAUGCUAAUAUCACCUUGAAUCUUGAUAUGCUACAGCAGCUGAUGCAAGCGGCGCCCGAGCAACAAGAAGCAAAACCCGCGGGAUCUGCUCCAGUCUUCGAGAAACCCCAAAUCAGACAGGAAGCAAACGGGAAGAACAUUAUCACCGAGGUCCGCUGUACUGGCAGCCCAAAACCAACAUUCACCUGGUUCAAAGGGACAGCUCCGUUGAAGACCACUUCGAGCCUCAAGACCAGUGAAAGGGUGGAAGGGGACGUGAAUAUACUUAAUCUAGAAGUUAUAAACUUUGAUAAAUUCCAUGCUGGUACAUACAAACUCCAAGCUAAGAAUCCAAGCGGAGAAGCCAAUGCUAAUAUCACCUUGAAUCUUGAUAUGCUGCAGCAGCUGAUGCAGGCGGCGCCCGAGCAACAAGAAGCGAAACCCGCGGGAUCUGCUCCAGUCUUCGAGAAACCACAAAUCAGACAGGAAGCAAACGGGAAGAACAUUAUCACCGAGGUCCGCUGUACUGGCAGCCCAAAACCAACAUUCACCUGGUUCAAAGGGACAGCUCCGCUGAAGACCACUUCCAGCCUCAAGACCAGUGAAAGGGUGGAAGGGGACGUGAAUAUACUUAAUCUAGAAGUUAUCAACUUUGACAAAUUCCAUGCUGGAACGUACAAACUCCAAGCUAAGAAUCCAAGCGGAGAAGCCAAUGCUAAUAUUACAUUGAAUCUUGAUAUGCUAAAACAACUAGCGAACGCAGCACCACAGAAGGCAGCACCAAAGCUGGAGAGACCGAGCAUCAAGUUCGAAAACAAUGGUAAGACAGCUGUCGUCGAGAUCAAAGUGCUGUCAGAGGAAAAGCCGAGUGCAGCGUGGACGUUUGGUCCGACAACCCUAAAGGAUGGUGGCCGUUACUUCAUUGACAUUGCCAGAGAGGGAGAGGACUAUGUACUUGUUUUAGAGAUUGACGAGCCCAACAACAAAGAUUCGGGAGCCUAUAAGUGCGUUGUGAAGAAUUCUGGAGGUGAAGCUGUGGCUAACAUCAACCUCAAUAUCGCUGAAAUGAGAAAAAUUGAGGAGGAGGAAAAGAAGAAAGCACCGGAGGACAAGAAGAAGAAGCCGAAGGACAAAAACAAACCGGAAGUUGAAGAAGAGAUCCAGGAAGAGAUCGUACAAGCCGAGGAAAGUAGGCCUGAAGAGAGUGCACCGCCAUUGCCGGAAGAGAAGAAAAAACCGGAAGAGAAGAAAAAACCAGAAGAGAAGAAAAAACCAGAAGAGAAGAAAAAACCAGAAGAGAAAAAACCAGAGGAAAAGAAAAAGCCGGGUGACAACAAGAAGGUCGAAGAGAAAAAGGAGGAGGCAAAACCUGCAGAGCCUGAGAAAAAGGAACCACCAAAGUUCACCCAGAAGUUGAAGGCAAAGACUGUUGAGGAUGGCAACGAGGCCGAUUUUGAAGUCAAGUUGACUGGAACUGAACCCAUGAAAGUCUCAUGGUUCAAGAGCAGGAAACCGAUCAGAAAAACUAGGGAUACUCAGUUUUCCUACGCAGACGGUGUCGCUAAUCUCCAUAUCGAUGAAAUAUUCCCUGAGGAUAAGGGAACAAUUGAGUGCGAGGCUGUCAAUCAAUAUGGAAAAGCGAAAACAACUUGUGUCCUGGAUGUCAAAGUUGUCUUCAAGGAUCCUAAGGACCGGCUCAAGGGCAUUCCGCGGAAGAAGAAACAAAAGGAGGAGAAGGAGAAGGAUGCGUUGUCCAAUAUCGAGGUCGAGGACACAAUUUUGCCUGAGUUUUCCAGACAGGAAGAAUCAGCUCCCAGUGGGCCCGAUGUCCCGCAGAUUAUAGAACCUGAAAUUCAACCAGCCAAGGUCAAAGGGGCCAAAGAAGCGCCAACAGAAGGGCGCCCCGAGAAGAAUCAGCGAGACCCGAAGAAGAAACCUGCGGAAGAGAAAGAUUUAGAUGUGCAGAAAGCCACGAACGAUCUCUCCCAACCUAAAAAACCUGCUCUGAAAAAACCUCCGCCCAAAAAAGUGUCAAAUACCAUGAUCCCAGAGGAGGAUGAGGAUGCAGAGGGCUCAGGGGGCAAAGAUGGCCCCUGCUUCGUGGAGAAGCUGAAGAACACCACCGCAACAGAGGGGAAGGAUAUUGUUCUUACCGUCAAGGUUAAAGGCGAACCAUGGCCCAACAUCAAGUGGUUCAAGGGAACUCGCGAGCUCAAAACAGACGACCAGAGAAUGUUUGUGACCGAUAAGAAAGGUGACAAGACCGGUACAUUCAAGAUUAACAAGUCCAAAAUCAGUGACGAGGGAAAAUACCAAGUUGUCUUGGAACACGAUGGUUUUGUGUACGACGCAUGCAAAUUCAGUCUUUAUGUCAAAGAUCCCAAGGACUCUGGAAUGGACUUCAGGGCAAUGCUUAAAACCAGGGAUGGCAAGCAUAGCAAAGAGGAUGAUGAAGAAUUAGAUUUCGGUACGCUCAAACCAGGUAAACCAAUGCGUCGUCUCUCCCGGGCCGAAAAGAUCCCCAUCAACAUUCAAGAAAUGCCUGGUAAUGAAAGCAAACCGGAGGUUGGUGAUAAGAAACAUCCGCGCCAAACCGACGAGCGAGACCCCUACCAAGGCAAUUAUCAACGAUCCGAGCGCGACCCUCGCGACCAACGAGACAUUAAUCAAAGAUAUGACGAAAACUCUGGAGACGAUAGUGAGGGACCAGAUACAGGGCCUCGGCGUAAGUCAUCCACCGGUAAAGGGUCCUCACUUCAAGUGCCAGGGUAUAAAGAAAAGUUACAGCUAGAGAUCGAAGACAUUGAAGGCAAACUAAACCAGCGUCGGAAGUCACAGAUGGACCGACGGACUUCGCUGGCUGAGAUAAUGCCUGAUUGGCCAGGUUUAAAGCGUAUGACGAGGCCCAAAGAGGAACCCGACACAUGGAUCGAGGACCUCAAAGACCAAAAGGUCAUGGAGGGAAAGAAACAGGUCGUCUUCCGCGCGAAAUUCUGCAAACCAAACGCAAAAUAUCGGUGGUACAAGAACAAACUGGAGAUCUUCCACAGUCAUAAGUACGAUUUUGAGGUCGAAGGGGACAUAUAUACUUUGACUGUCAAGAAGAUUGAUAUGUCCGACGCUGGUCGAUAUAUCUGUAAAUGUAACGAUGUCCCGACGCAGGCCUGGCUUAAUGUGGAACAGAAAGCUCAGAAAUACCGCUUCAACAUGGCGCUGCCCGAUCAGGUACAAUGCGUCAAGAAGAAGGAGGUGACCUUGGAGUGCAGUGUGUCUGACCCGAGGGCGCACGUCAACUGGUUUAGGAACGACGAACCACUUGAGCCCCUCUGCCUCCAGUCCAUUAUGGACCGAACUACUGACGGUUACAAACCUGGUUUCAUGGAAAUUAAGCGUCGUGAAAAUCGUUGUCUUCUUACGAUUAAGAAGGCUGAUUAUGAUGAUGCUGGUAUUUACAUGUGUAAGGUCGAGGGUGACCAGACCCAGACAGAGCUCAUUGUAAAAGAGCCACCUUACCACUUUACCCGCAAGCUCAAGGAUGUUGAGGCAACAGUCGGAGAUACUGUACCUCUUCGUUGUGAGGUCGAUGAUGAUGAUGCUACCGUGAGGUGGUACAAGGACGGAGAUGAACUAAUCUGUGACGGUGAGAAGUAUGAGUAUAAGCGAGAUGGGGAGAAGCACGCUCUUGUCAUCAGGAACUCCACCUUUGAGGAUGAAGGCAACUACACGGCCAAAUGUGGACAGGAGGAGUGCACCGCGGGUUUGACAGUUGAACCUGAUGUGAAAUUCCUUGAGAAACUUCACGAUAUCAAGUCGACAGAGAAACAGCCGGUACGACUGGAAUGCAAGGCCAAGAACCCACAUAAACAUCCAACCACUUGGUUUAAGAAUGGUCAAAAACUAGAAUCUUCAGACAGAAUGAAGAUCACCGAAGAAAAUGGCAAAGAAGUGCUUGUUAUUGAUGAACUUUCGUUAGACGAUGAGGGCAAAUACACGUGCCAGAUCGGUGAUAAACAGUCCGUGUGCGAACUCACUGUCGAGGAGGGCGCCAUUCCUCCCGAGAUCGAUGAAGACAAGAUCCCGAAGUUGAUCACCGUGAAAGCUGGGGAGAAAAUUGAUCUUCCUAUCCCUUACCGAGGCUUACCCACGCCCUCCGGCAAGUGGACCAAGAACGGCCAACCAAUCCCGGAAACCGUCCAACUCAAGCAGACGCCCCAAGCUUCCCAUUUCCUCAUUCCAACUGCCAAGAGAGACGACUCAGGCAAAUACGAACUGGAACUGACUAAUCCCUUUGGCACAAAGAAGGUGCCAGUCGAAAUCAAAGUACUUGAUGUCCCUGGUGCUCCAAAGUCUCUUGAUGUCUCCGAUGUCUUCAGGGACAAGUGCAAACUGAAAUGGGACAAACCUGAAGAUGACGGCGGACUCCCUAUCAAACAUUACGUGGUCGAGAAGAUGGACACCGCUAAAGGUCAAUGGGACGAGGUUGGCCAGACCAGUGACCUCAACAUGGACGUAGGCGACCUGACGCCGAUGUCUUACUACAAGUUCAGAGUGAGGGCCGUGAAUGAACAGGGACCCGGCCAGGCAUUGCACACCGACAAGGAUAUCUUGGCUAAGGAUCCUUAUGACCCACCAGAUCCACCAUCCAAGUGCACAUGCACUGACUGGGACAAGAAUCAUGCUGACCUGUCCUGGGAAAAGCCAAAGAAGGAUGGAGGCAACCCCAUUCAGAAGUUUGUCCUCCAGAAGAGACUGAAGACUGGCGGAAACUGGGAAGAUGCAGCAAAGGUUGGCCCAGAUGAGACCAAGGGUGUCAUACCUGACCUCGAGGAAGGAAAGGAGUAUGAGUUCCGCGUGCUGGCCUUGAACGCUGCUGGUUUGUCUGACCCAAGCAAUGUAACACCCGCUAUUGUUGCCAAGGAUAGAUUUGUCAAGCCUCACAUUGCCACACGAGGUCUCCAGCCAAUCAAAGUCAAGGCUGGGCAGAAAUUCCAGAUCGACAUGAAAUUCAUCGGCGAACCUACUCCUGAUGCACACUGGGAUGUCAGUGGCAAGCCAUUAGUCCCAACGGAUGCUACCAAAAUAACGAUGACAGAAACCAAUGCCGUCUUUGCCAACAACAAGGCACAACGUGGCGAUACCGGCGUCUAUAAACUCACGUUGACUAACAGUUCUGGAUCGGACAGCGCAGAGGUGGAGGUUGUCGUGAUGAGCACCCCACAGGCUCCCGAAGGCCCCCUCGAGGUGUCUGAUGUCACCAAGGAGAGUUGCAAGUUGACAUGGAAGAAACCAAAAGAUGAUGGUGGCACUGAUAUCACUGCCUAUUGUGUUGAGAAAAUGGACCAGGCUACAGGCACCUGGGAGAAGGUCAGCGAGUACGUCCCCGGAACAACCGUCAAUGUGCCGAAAUUGAAGGAAGGACACCAGUACAAGUUCAGGGUCAUGGCAGAGAAUAGUCAAGGUCGUAGCGAACCCCUUGAGACAGAAAGGGCUACAACAGCUAAAAAUCCAUUUGACGAGCCCGACUCACCUGGCACGCCCGAGAUAGUCGACCACGAUCGCAAUCGCAUCGACCUGAAGUGGGGGAAGCCGCUAAGCGACGGAGGCAACCCGAUCAAAGGUUACAUCAUUGAGAGGAAGGAGGUGAAGAGUAACCGAUGGGUCAGGGUCAACCCGGACCUGUGCAAGGAUACGAAAUUUGCUGACGAGUCUGUCAAAGAGGGCAGGGAGUAUGAGUACCGCGUCUCGGCUGUCAACGAAGCUGGGCCGUCUGAACCUAGCAAGUGUUCCGCGCCGGUUGUGGCUAAACCUAGCAAGGAAGCCCCCAAGAUCGAUUGGAGCAAGAUGAUUGGAGGACAGGAGGUGCGCGUACGUGCCGGCUCGCCUUUGAAUCUUGCGGUCCCAAUUUCUGGUGCGCCAGCACCAACAGCCGAAUGGGCCAGAAAUGGACGACCAAUCUCGGCUGACGCAAGGACUAAACUGGGUUGCACCGAAGAAGAAGCGAAACUAGACAUUCCUUACGCAAAGCGUGAGGACACUGGCAAAUACACCAUCACCCUCAAGAAUCCUUAUGGGACAGAAUCUGGCGAUAUCAAGGUCACCGUGCUAGACAAGCCAAAGGAGCCCACUGGCCCACUGGUGGUGGACGAUCUCAGAGCCGAUUCGUGCAAGCUCGUGUGGAAGGAGCCAGAAGAUGAUGGUGGUGGUGAAAUCACUGGUUAUGUGGUUGAGAAACUAGACCCUACCACCGGUAUGUGGGAGCGUGUCCCUGGUGUAGUGAACGGCACAUCUCACCCAGUCCGCGAUCUUGUCGACGGUAAGAAGUACCAGUUCCGAGUGAAGGCCGAAAACAUGUACGGAACCAGUGAGCCUCUCACGACCGGGGAGAUCAUUGCAAAGAAUCCAUUUGAUUCUCCUGACGCACCUAAGGAUCUCAAGAUCGAUUCAUUCGACAGAUACUCGUGUCAGCUCGCCUGGAAGGCACCCAACUCCGAUGGUGGUAACCCUAUCUCUGGUUACGUAGUAGAGAAACGUGAUACGAGAGGCAACGAUUGGGUUCGCUGCAACACAACACCCGUGGAGAAGUCCAAGUACAACGUGAUGAACCUAAGUGAAGGCCACGAGUACGAGUUCCGCGUCGCAGCCUGCAACGAGGCUGGGCCUGGGAAAUUCAGCAAAGCUACCGAACCACACGUCGCUAGGGACCCGAUUUUCAAAGCCGGAUCGCCAACCCAACCCAACGUGGACAAGAUCACCAAGGAUUCUGUCUCGCUCUCUUGGGGAAAACCGAUCGAUGAUGGCGGUGGUAAAAUCAAGGGCUACAUGGUCGAGAAGAAGCCCAAGGGUGCUAAGGACUUCAAACCUGUGUUCAAGGAGCCGAUUGAAGGCCUACAAACUACCAUCCCCGAUUUGGUCGAAGGAGAGGAGUGCGAGUUCCGUAUUGUUGCGGUGAAUGAAGCAGGGCCCGGUGACCCGAGUAAGCCGACUGAUAUGAUCAAAGUCGAGAAUCAACCAGAAAAGCCAAAGAUCAACACCAAGGACGUGCCGAGAGAAAUCGUCGUCAAAGCCGGUGAGAACUUCGACAUCAAGAUCCCAUUUGAUGGUUGGCCAAUACCAACGGCAACAUGGGAGCUCAACGACAAAGACCUUGAAGAGACUUCGCGCCAUUAUGCCAAGGUCAAGGAAGGCGAGUGUCUUCUCAAGGUCAGCGACGCCAAACGUGGGGACACUGGAACCUACAAGGUGGCGUUAAAGAAUCCCCAUGGAACUGACCAUGUCAAUGUCAGGGUCAAAGUUUUGGAUGCACCCUCUGCACCUGAGGGUCCCCUGGAAGGUGAGAAUAUCGAUGCCAGCACCAUUGACCUCACAUGGAAGGCUCCUCUAGAAGAUGGUUGUGACCCCGUCAGCAACUACAUUCUGGAGAAGCGGCCGGUUGGUUCCCCCGACUGGCAGAAGUGCAGCAGCUUCUUGAGCAGUCCUCACGCCACUGUACGCAACCUCGACCCAGGCAAAGAAUACGAGUUCCGUGUCAUGGCUGAGAACAAGCACGGUGUUAGCGAACCUUUGGUGACCAGUGAGCCAAUCAAAGCCAAGCAUCCCUUCGAUACUCCCGGAGAGCCGGGCGAGCCCAAGUGCGUCACGACAUCUGAGGAUAGCGUCUCGUUGGCUUGGUCUCCUCCGAGGAAGGAUGGUGGCGCCCCUAUCAAGGGUUACGUCAUCGAGAAGAGGGAGAAAGGAGACAAAGGUUGGCAGAAGGCAAGCUUUGCAGAUGUUCCCGGCACGGAGUACACAGUGAAGGGCUUGAAGGAAGGCAAGGACUACGAGUUCAGAGUGGCGGCUGUCAAUGCCGCUGGCCCGGGCAAGUUCAGCGAGUGCUCAGAGUCAAUCAAGGCCAGAGCUCCACCAACUGCCCCGAAGAUUGAACAUGACUUCAUCCCACGUGACAUCACUGUCAAAGCUGGUGAAGAGAUCAACCUUAAGAUACCAUUCUCAGGCAGCCCUGUCCCCGAGACCACUUGGUCUCUGGAGAACUCGCCCAUCACGAAAGAUGACCGCACAAACCUUGAAGUCGAACCUGGUCGGGCUAUGUUGACCCGCAAGAAGGCCUGCAAGAAGGAUGCUGGACGAUACAUUGUCAACAUGAAGAAUGAGAAAGGAUUUGACAGCUUUGCCAUUAAUGUUAAUGUAGUCGACAAGCCAGUGAGCCCUGAAGGUCCAUUGGAGGUCAGCCACAUUACCCCUGACUCCUGCUCCCUCAACUGGAAAGCUCCAAAGGAAGACGGUGGCAGCCCAGUCAGUAACUACAUCGUAGAGAAGAUGGAUGAUAAGACUGGUGCAUGGGAACCAUGCAGUCGUUUCGUCCGAGGUACCAGCUAUGACGUUAUGGGUCUGGACGAGGGACACAAGUACAAGUUCCGUGUCCGAGCCGAGAACGAACAUGGCGUCUCUGAACCUUUGGAGACCGAAAGAGCGACGGUCGCUCAACAUCAGUUCGCUACCCCAGAUAAACCUGGAAAGCCUGAAGUCGAUGAUGUGGAUGAAGACAGUGUCACCCUCUCGUGGCAGAAGCCUAAGGAUGAUGGUGGAGACAAGGUGACUGGCUACCAGGUCGAAAUGAAGGAAGAGGGAAGCAGCAAGUGGAAGCCAGUCAACGACUUUGCCAUCAGGGACACAUUCUACACAGUCGAUGGCUUGAAGAAGGGCCAGAAAUACGACUUCAGGGUGAAGGCUAAGAACCGUGCAGGUUAUGGCGAGCCGAGCACUGGAACUGGUGAGAUCGAGGCCAAGCCGAAAUACUCCACAGCAUCUUCUCCAGGCGCUCCAGAGGUCAAGGGGGUUGGAAAGAACUUCGUUGAGCUCGAAUGGGAGAAACCAAAAUCUGAUGGGGGCAGCAGGAUUACAGGUUACCUUAUUGAGAAGAAGAAUCUAAAGGAUGGCGAAUGGGUGAAGGCCAGCGAUUAUAACACCCUGGGAACCAACUUCACGCUAACUGAUCUACCAGAAGGCGAGGAGUUUGAGUUCCGGGUGUCAGCUCUCAACGCCGCUGGUCAGAGUAAGCCAAGUCCGGGCUCGAUGCCAGUCAAGGUCAAGGAAAAACUUGCUGGAACAAAACCAGAGUUCAUCAAGAAGAUAGAUGGUUGCACUGCUCCAGUCGGAGGUGAAGCUGUCUUCACUUGUAUGACUUCAGGAAAACCAGAACCCAAUGUGACAUGGAUGCGUAACGGUGUCGAGAUCUUCCCCAGCAGCCGUUGUCAGAUUAAACAAGAUGAUGACAAGUGUGUGCUGGUCCUAAAGGACCUUGCCGAAGGUCAGAGCGGAGAAAUUACAUGUGAGGUCGCCAACAAGAUGGGAAGAGAGUCAUGCUCAGCCAAGCUCGAGGUGCAGUCACCUCCGAAGUUAGGCAAACCCAUCAAAGACCAGAAGGUUGAUGAAGGCGACUCUUUGAAAGUCAAGGUGCCAUUUGAGGGGACCGGGCCAUUCAAGUUCAAACUCCGCAAGAAUGGAAAAGAGAUUCCGGAAACUGACCAUGUCAAGUUCCAGAGUUUUGAUGACUACGUUGUCUUCCAUCUGAAAGAUGCUGAUAAGGACGACACUGCUAAAUAUAGCAUUGAUAUCUCAAAUGAUAGCGGGACAUUAUCGGCUCCCAUCAACGUCAAGGUGUUAGCACGUCCCGAUAAGCCAUCUGAUGUGACGGCGUCCGAUGUGACGAAGAGUACUUGUAGGUUGAACUGGAAGGCCCCGAAGGAGGACGGUGGUGCUAAGAUUACGCACUAUAUCGUGGAAAGGAAAGACGUCAAUAAGCCAUACUGGGCUACUGUACAGUCAUUCUGCAAGGAGCCCUACUGUGAUGUGUCUGGUCUUUACGAGAACAACGAGUAUCUCUUCCGCGUGUGUGCGGUCAAUGCCAACGGUGAGGGCGAAUACUGUGAGACAUCCAACCCCAUCGUCGCCAAGAUGCCAUUUGAUCCUCCGGGCCAGCCUGGCGAGGCGAAUGCUGAGGAAGUCGGCGCCGACUUUGUCAGUCUGACGUGGGAGAAACCGCGCUCGGACGGUGGCGGCAAGAUUACCGGAUACUGGAUCGAGCGCAAAGAACCUAACAUGGAGACCUGGACACGCUGCAACCACCAGCCGGUCCAAGCAACAAUCUUCAACGUGCCUAAUCUCAUCGAGGACCGUGAAUACGAAUUCAGGAUCACUGCCGAGAAUCCAGCCGGUCUUAGCAAGCCAUCGACGACCUCCAGGAAGGUCAAGGUUAAAGAUCCUAAUGCUGCCAAGUUGCCUGAGUUUGUCUCCGGUUUGAAGAAGACGACUUGCAAUGAAGGCAAGAAUGCCAAAUUUGAGUGUGAGAUCCUUGGUGAACCCAAGCCAACCAUUACCUGGUAUAAGGGCACCAGAGAACUCUUUGGUGAUGAUCCAAAAUACGAGACAAUCAAAGAUGGAGACCGCUACACGCUCAUCGUCCAUGACGUAUAUGGUGAAGAUGCUGAUGAAUAUGUUGUCAGGGCAACCAAUAAGGGUGGCUCAAGGGCCAGCAGAGCUGAUCUUAUCAUCAAAUCUCCACCACAUAUCCGAGUGCCAGCGCGUUUCCAGGAAGUCUGCACCUUCGAGAAGGGCGAGGACGUCGUCAUCAAGAUUCCCUUCACGGGCAACCCCAAACCAGAUGUCCAGUACAUCCGUGACAAUCAGCCAUUGCGUACAUCUGGCCGUCAUACUAUUGAUGUGACAGAACGCCACGCCAUCCUAACAAUCAAAGAUGCCUGCAAGGCCGAUGAAGGCCCGUACCGACUCCAACUUGAGAAUGAACUUGGAACUGACUCGGCUGUAAUCAAGAUUCAGGUCAAUGACCGGCCCGAUCCUCCACGCUUCCCUCAGGUGGAGAACGUCUAUGAUGACAGCUGCCUGUUAACAUGGAAACCACCUAACAAUGAUGGUGGAAGCUUCGUCAAUGAGUAUCACAUCGAGAAGAGGGAACCACCAAGGGAUAACUGGGUCAGGAUCUCGAGCUGCAGGUUCAACACACAGACUGUCCAAGGCCUUUCACCAGAUCAUGAAUACGAGCUACGCAUCAUCGCUGAGAACUUCUACGGCAAGAGUGACCCCUGUGAGCCGGUACAGGUCAAGACCUCAGAGUCCUCACUGAAGAAACGUGGCAAAGGAGAUUUGGACGAGUUCGGCAGGAAAGUCCGUGGACACUAUGAUGGUCCCAAGAUUGAUAACUACGACAAAUUCUAUUAUGACUUGUGGGCCAAGUACAAGCCAACACCAGUCGACAUCAAAACUGGAAACAUCUAUGAUGACUACGAUAUUCUUGAAGAGUUGGGCAGUGGUGCUUUUGGUGUCGUGCACCGAUGUCGUGAGAAAGCCACGGGGCGUAUCUUUGUUGCCAAAUUCAUCCCGACCCCAUUCCCCCUCGAUAAGGUGACCGUCCGAAAUGAGAUCGGCGUCAUGAACGACCUCCAUCAUCCUAAACUGAUGCAUCUGUAUGAUGCGUUCGAUGGAGACGGUGAAAUGUGCCUUAUUAUGGAAUUCCUCUCCGGUGGGGAACUCUUCGACAGAGUUGCUGAUGAUUCGUACAAGAUGUGUGAAGCGGAGGUGAUCAACUACAUGCGCCAAGUCUGUGAUGGUAUCAGCCAUAUGCACGACAACUGCUAUGUUCAUCUCGACAUCAAGCCUGAGAAUAUCAUCUGUGAAAACAGCAAGAGUCCCAACAUCAAAAUGAUAGACUUUGGCCUUGCCACCAAGUUGAAUCCCGAUGAAAUUGUCAAGGUCACUACAGCAACGGCUGAAUUCGCUGCUCCCGAAAUCGUGGACAUGGAACCAGUGGGUUACUACACAGACAUCUGGGCGUUAGGUGUACUCGCAUACGUUCUCUUGAGCGGACUGUCGCCAUUUGCCGGCGAGGAUGACCUUGAAACUCUACAGAAUGUGAAGCGUGGCACGUGGGACUUCGACAGUGAGGGUUUCAAGAAUAUCUCCGAUGAAGGCAAGGACUUCAUCAGGAAGUGCCUCCAGAAGCAGCCAGGCAAACGUUUGACCAUCCAUGAAUGCCUAGAGCACAAGUGGUUGACCGGUAUUCUUGAGGGCACUGAUCGCCGCAUUCCAAGCAGCAGAUAUGCCAAGAUUAGACAAAGAAUCCAAGAUAAAUAUGGUGACUGGCCAAUCCCUCAGCCAGCAAUUGGUCGAAUUGCGCAGUUCAGCUCUCUGCGCAAGCGUAGACCCAAGGAGUUCCAGAUUUAUGACACAUACUUUGACCGCCGAGAGGCUAUCCCACGAUUCAUCCUGAAGCCACGCAACCAGACUGUACAGGAAGGCAAUCCUGCCACCUUUGAUUGCAGGAUCAUCGCUCUCUCUCCACCAGUUGUCACCUGGAUUCGCGAUGGUGUCGCCCUCACUCAGAGUGGUAAAUACAUGCAGAAGUAUCUGGGCCGACUAUACGAAUUGAGGAUAGGCAGAAGUAAACUAGAGGAUAAGGGAGAAUACAUCGUCAAGGCAGAAAACUCCUUCGGCAAUCGUGAGGCAGCCACUUUCCUAACCGUAGAAUUAUUGGAAUCUCUAAGACCUCCAUCCUUCACCCAUGAGCCAACACCUAUUCGUAAAUUAUAUGAGAAAGAAAUUGAGAUGUGGAAACAUCCGCAGUCAAAUGCCAGAUUUGCAUUUACGCUUCGUGAUCGCCACCUUCAGGAGGGAAUUGGCUUCAAGCUGCUUUGCACUGUCGAGGGAUUCCCACCAGCAACAGUUCAAUGGUAUAAGGAUGGGCCUGAGCUGAACACUGGCGAUCAUUAUCAAAUAGUAUAUAGUGUGGGCGUGUGCUCUCUAGAAGUGACAUCCUGUACCCAGAAUGAUAACGGCCGAUAUAGCUGCAUCGCCAAGAAUCAAAAUGGCGAGGAUGAGACGAACUGCAAGGUCGUUGUUGCAGAAAAAAUAGAUUGGAGGCCUGCGGGACUUGACAUGUCGAACCGAAGUUUGGGGACAAGUUCUUACUCGUCACGUGUCAGCCGUCAUACAGACCGCGGUGGUGGUGGUGGUAUGAGUAGCAGUUAUGAAUCAAGUUCAUCACGAACCAGCAAGCGUUCGGGCCGAACAACCACUGAUGAGAGUUCUUAUUCGUCUUCAACAACGUCAUCAUCAUCGUCAUCUAGGACUAGUAGGAGGGCGGGAAAAACUGUUUAUGAAGAAAAUGAAAUCUGACUGCCCAGUUCCAGUCAGGACAAAGUAACGAAUCGUGUUGCCUGCAGCGGAGUACCACCUUAUGGAUCAUCUACCAGCAAAGAUGGCCAAUGCACAGAACCGCCAGUUGAAAAUACUGAGGCUCCAGCUCCUGCACCAUCUGUCUCAAGGAAGCUGUCUCCUGUUGAGAUCUGCGAAGGAGAUCUAUUGCAGCUCACUUGUAUGU